CCACUGAUGCAUGAAGUUCCAGAGGACCAAGGCAGCAGCACAGACAGUUCAGCAAGCAGUUUGGGAAGCUCUGUCACAGCAUGUAAGAAGAUUCUCUGCAGUAACAGUCUGCUAGAAUCAACAGACUACUGGCUGCACAAUCAGAGGACACCAUGCCAAAUUGGCUUUCUGGAAGACAAGUCAGAAAGCAACUGUGCCUCAGUUUGUUUUGUGAAUUUAGAUGCAAACAGAGAUGAUUGCAGCGAAGAGCAAGUGAAACAGAGGUUGAUCAGUGUCUCUCCAAAUCUCCCCAAACUCAUCAGUUCAAUGAACGUACAGCCACCAAAGGAAAAUGAAAUAGUCCUGCUGAGUGGAUUAUCAUCAGGAAACCUUCAGGCUGAUUAUGAAGGUCCUCAGUGUCCUUGGCUGGCAGAUGUCUGCUUGGUUCUGUGUGCAAGGGGGGAGAGGAAAAACAGCGCAAGCUGCAUCAUUUUUGAAAUAAACAAAUUUCUGAUUGGACUUGAGCUUGUUCAGGAGAGACAGCUGCAGAUAGAAGCUCAUGUCUUAAAGCCCGAGGAUGACACAAACUGCUCAGUGUCCUCAAUAGAAGAAGAUUUCCUCACAGCAUCUGAGCACCUUGAGGAUGACAACGAGGCUGAUGAAUAUAAAACUGGUCAUGAAAAAUUAAGUGUUUCAGAAGCAUCUUCAGAUAUCAAAAAAAAUAAAGGAAAGGGAUUUGAAAAUCUCCAUUACAGAAAAGCCAGGUUGCCAUUCAUUCUUGAAGCGAACAGCAAUAAUGAGGAUAAUACAGCUACUAGAGUCUCUGAAGCUGUGAAUGUUGUGACUGAAGAUGAUAUCUUACAGCUUGAAGUCAAGUCAGACCAGGAAAUAGUGUGGCAGAAGGAAUUAACUGGAAGAGCUACUUCAUCCUUUAGUACUAAUAAUUUGACUAGUGAGGCUGAAAAUUCCUGCUCAGCGCACGUGUUAGAAGAUGUAUCUUUAACUGAAAUGGCUAAAGAGGAGCUGGGGCCUCUGUAUGACCCAACAGCAAAACACAACAGUAAGACAGAUGGAGAGGAUUAUUCAGGUACCAGGAAAACUGAUCCUCCCUCACAAAAUGAGCAGGUGACUACAGGUCAGUAUGCCACAAAUUUAGCAGAAUCUGUUCUGCAAGAUGCAUUCAUUAGACUGUCACAGUCUCAACCCACUUUUAGUGAGGAGGCUGCAGUCAGCAUCUCCAUAGGAAGCUCCUGUAAGUCAGAAGAUGUAUCUGUUUCCCGAUCGUGGAACGAACUCCCAAAGAUCGUCAUAGUGCAAAGUCCAGACAGUUCUGAGAAUAUAUCUGACUGGCCAGGGUCUGCCUUCCCCAAGCUGUGCCACUGGACUGAAUCAGAAAGUUCUGCUGAAGUUUUGGAUUAUUUUGAGGAAGAACAUUCAGACAGACAUGGCCAGAGCACACUGGAAGUGGCUCUGGCUUGUGCAGCCACUGUUAUUGGAACCAUCUCCAGUCCCCAGGCUGCAGAAAAAUUCAAAUGGGAUCAAGAAGCCACAGACUCUGAAAGCAGAGCAGUUGAUAAUGAAGAGCUACAUACAGCAUCUUCACAGAUACUUGAUGACUGUGCUGGCACAGAAUAUUCAUUUCCAUCUGCGCUGUGUGGCAUGACUCAAGUAGCAAGUGCUGUAGCCGUCUGUGGCCUGGGGAAAACAAAAGAAGAGACAUACCCUGCAGCUUCAAGUGGACUUCUGUCUGCUGCUCAGACUUCUGCAGCCGUUACUCUUCAUUGUAGCAUAGCUAUAGGAAGCAGCAUGGAGAAGCUAAAUGAUAGCAUUGCAGAAGUACUUCUGAAAGAGGCCUCAAUAAUUUUGACAAAACCCAACACAUACAAAAAUGUAGGGCAUUUUAUGGAAUCCAUAAAUGGAAAAAUUAUUGAAACAGCAGCAAGGCCACGGAUUCCACACACUGAUGAAGGAAUCAGAGAUGAAUUCGCACAAAACUUAUCCAAUAUUAUCCUACGACAUUCUAUUGAAGAGGUUAGGAAGAAGAGACAGCUACAUCCCCAUUCAGAAAACAGCUUAAGUACACAAGACAUUUUCAUGGAGACUGCAAAUGAGUUGCUUUUUAAUGUAAUAUAUUUCACUUGCAAGAAGAUGAACAACAUAAGACAAGUUGAAGAGUGUUCUCCUCUCUUUUCUGAGGACACAAAAGCAGAGAAAGUAACAAGAGCAGAAGGAUGGCCAACACAGGCAACAGCAUGUAAAACUUCACACAGCCCCCUCGAUCACUCUGCUGUUAAGCCAUUUGGUACAUCCUACAGCACCAGUGCUGGCAAAGAUCUUGGAAACAUCACAAACACUAGGAAAAGUAAUAUGAAAGACUGCAAUAGCAAGGAAAGUGCCACUCUGUAUUCAGAACCAACAAGUAGAGCUACAGGGCAUAACACAUUUAUUGCAAAAACAUCUCCCAAGAAAAGAUACCUGAAAAGAACCUCACGAGACUGUUACAAAUCCCCAAAUCAGAGUAACAAUCAUCAUCAGAAGAAAGACUAUAGAUCAUUUUCAGACAGAGAAAAUACUUUUGCAAACAAUGAAUGCAGGCAUGGUGUUCAAGAACAGCUAUCUUCCAGUGCCACCAUGAAUGCAGAAAACCAGGGCAAGCAUAAGUGCGAUGCUGUGCUAAAUAAUGAUGUUCAGGUUAGCUUGUCUUUAUUAGGAAAUCAUGUUUUGCUUCCUUCUCAGCCUGUGCUACAGGUGAAACAUUCAAGGGACAAAUAUUGCUUAACGGAUUUUGCAGAAGAAUUAGCAGAAACAGUUGUGUCUAUGGCCACAGAAAUAGCUGCGAUUUGUCUUGAAAAUUCAAAUGGAAAGCAACCCUGGUUCUGUGCAUGGAAGAGAGGCAAUGAAUAUGUGGUCACUCAGAGUUUAUCAUGCAGAACCAUGAAAAGAAAAAAGGAAACCCAUGCUAAUGGCUCAGUUGUUCGGAAGCACAGGGCACCUAGACUUAGCGAGAUCAAAAGAAAAACAGAUGAGCAUCCUGAGCUAAAGGAAAGAUUGAUGAAUCGGGUAGUAGAUGAAUCUAUAAACCUUGAGGACACACCAGAUACAGUCAAUAUCUUUGCAAAUGAAGUGGCUGCCAAGAUCAUGAACCUCACUGAACUCUCCAUGGUUGAUAGUAUCUGGCAAGGUCCAAACCAUCCCAGGAACAGGCUGCAUUGUGAAAGAUGGAGCCGAGCCAAAGCCUCAAGCUGUGAGAGCAUACCAGAGGAGGACUCUGAUUCCAAAGCCUCUUUCAAUACCCUAGGCCUAAUGAACACUUUUGGUCAGCCUGUGAGCCAGACAAGCUCUGUCUCAAAGCAGUCUAGUUGUGAAAGCAUUACAGAUGAAUUUUCAAGAUUUAUGGUGAACCAGAUGGAAAACGAAGGAAGAGGUUUUGAUUUAUUACUGGAUUACUAUGCAGGCAAAAAUGCAAGCAACAUCUUAACUUCUGCUUUGCAACAGGUAGCCAAGAAAAAUGGUCAUCUUAAUGUCAGACCAAGUUGCCCGUCCAAGCAGUCCAGCACAGAAAGCAUAACAGAAGAAUUUUAUAGAUAUAUGUUAAAAGAAAUAGAAAAGGAAAAUAAAGAUAACAUAUCUUCCCUGCAGAAUUCAAAGGACUGGUGUGGCAGUUUGCUACCACCCUCUCUACGAUCACCUUUUUGCUUUAGGCAAUCGUCAAUGCCUGACAGCAGACCAUCAGGCUCUAGGCUAACAGUUAAUGUCCCAGUUAAGGCAAAUUCAUUAGACGGAUUUGCCCGCCAUCACCAAGAUUCCUUAAGUGUACAGGCAGUCAGUACCGUGGGUUCUUCAGGUCUUUGCAAAUCUGACUCAUGCCUGUACCAAAGAUGCAAAACUGACCAGAUAACAGAUAUGUUGAUUCACGAGACAUGGGCAAGUUCUAUUGAAUCUCUAAUGCGCAAGAACAAAAUCAUAGCAGAUGAGGCAGAGGCUGCAGAAGCAGACCAGUUUCACAGUGAUUCCCCACCACAUGUGGAACAAUAUGCAAACAGGCUGGCUGCAAAUAUUGUUGAAAGUGGUAAAAAUUUAAUUGUUGUCCAGCAGGAUUCCUUUGAUUAUACAAACCGAGAACAUGUGCCGGAAAGCAAACAUCCACAAAGCGCAACUCAGCUUCAAUCAAAACCUAGAAGGGAUGGAGGAAAUUUGAAGAAAAAAGAGCAUAUGAAGAGCCCUGGAUGCCUCCCUGCAGGUCAGCACAGGGAAGUGCCUUUAAUUCAGAUAGAAACGGAUCAACAAGAUGAGCCGGGUAAAGACUCAGAGUCCUUAACUUCAUGUGGCCCUUCUGGAAAGGAGCUAAGCAAAGAAAAGCCUCUGGAAGCUUUUGAUGGGAAACACAUGGUUUCCAGUUCCAUACUAAAUAGCUUCGUUAACUUUAAUGAGCAGCAUUGCCCAAAGAUUGGUGUCACUUUGUUUGCCUAUGUUACAAUAUCAGUGUGCCUUCCUUGUCACCCUACCAGCAGCAGUCCUCAGAGCAGACCGGAUGCUGAAAUCGUAGGAGAGACAAAAACAGCUGAAGAAUUUCCAAACCAUCUCAGCAGCAGUGAAGAAAGCACUGGCAGCUGGUCCCAGCUAGCCAACGACGAGGACAAUCCUGACGACACAAGUAGCUACUUGCAACUCAGUGAGCGAUCCCUGAGUGAAUUAGUAGAAGAAAAGGUUUUCCUUAAAGAACAGACAGAAAAUACAGAGGAAAGUACUUCCGGGCUUUCAGUGGGAACAGCUAAUUGUCAAAAGAACCUACUAGUGAUAAACUUUGACCUGGAACCAGAAUGCCCUGACGCAGAGCUGCGAGUCACCCUGCAGUGGAUAGCCGCUUCUGAACUUGGAAUUCCAACCAUCUAUUUUAAGAAAUCUCAGGAAAACAGAAUUGAAAAGUUUUUAGAUGUUGUGCAAUUAGUUCAACGGAAGUCCUGGAAAGUGGGGGAUAUCUUUCAUGCCGUGGUGCAGUACUGCAAGCUCAGCGAGGAAGGCAGAGAGAUGACACCAAGCCUGUUUGAUUGGCUUCUCGAAUUGGGUUAA